AUGCAAAGAAAGACUCUCACUAACAGUCAAGGUCACCCAGUUGACGAUAACUAGAACUCAUUAACAGCUGGACCAAGAGGCCCUAUCCUUUUGAGUGAUAUCCAUCUCAUUGAUAAACUCGCUAAGUUCGAUAGAGAAAGAAUCCCUGAAAGAGUAGUACAUGCUAAGGGAGCUGGAGCUCAUGGCUAUUUCGAAGUCUCUCAUGACGUCACAAAGUUCACAAAGGCUAAGUUCCUUAACUAAAUUGGAAAGAGAACUCCACUUUUCCUUAGAUUCUCAACAGUCGCUGGAGAGAGAGGAGCUGCCGAUACUGAAAGAGACCCAAGAGGCUUCGCAAUCAAAUUCUAUACUGAGGAAGGAAAUUAUGACAUGGUUGGAAACAACACCCCUGUAUUCUUUAUCAAGGAUCCAAUCAAGUUCCCCGAUUUCAUUCACAGCUAGAAGAGACAUCCUCAAACUGGAAUGUAGGAUCCAAAUAUGGCCUGGGAUUUCUGGAGUUACAGUCCAGAGGCUCUUCACUAAAUUACCAUUUUAUUCUCAGACAGAGGUACACCUGAUGGCUUCAGAUUUAUGAACGGAUAUAGCUCUCAUACUUACAAGUGGGUUAACGAGCAAGGUAUCGUUCACUAUGUGAAGUAUCACUAUAAAUCUGAUCAGGGCAUUAAGAACCUCACUCCUCAACAAGCAAACGAUUUAAAGGCAACCUCAAAGGAUUACGCAACCGAAGAUUUACAUAAUCACCUUGCAAAGGGUGGUACCGCUUCAUGGACCUGGAAAGUAUAAAUUAUGCCAGAAAAGGACGCAGAGACCUAUAAGUAUGACGUAUUCGAUGUAACUAAGAUCUGGUCUCAAGCUGACUACCCAUUGAUCCCAGUCGGUAAGUUGGUACUCAACAGAAAUCCAGACAACUUCUUUGCCGAGACUGAGCAAGUUGCAUUUGCCCCAACUAACUUAGUCCCAGGUAUUGAGCCAUCCCACGAUAAAAUGCUCUAAGGUAGAAUAUUCUCUUAUCCAGACACCCACAGACACAGACUGGGUGCUAACUUCGAUUAAAUUCCUAUCAACUGCCCAUAUAAGGCUAGAGUUGCUCAUUAGCAAAGAGAUGGUCCAGCAACUGUGAAUGGAAAUUAUGGUAACUCAGUUGUCUAUGAACCAAACUCCUUCGGAGGACCAGUUGAAGACCCAACAAAGAAAUGGGCUCCAAUUGCUGUCUCAGGUAGCGUUGGUAGAUAUAGACACGUCCACCCUAAUGAUGAUUAUGAACAACCAAGAAUUCUUUACAGAAAGGUCUUUAGUGAGCAAGAGAGAACUAGACUGUGCGAUAACAUUAUUGGCGCAAUGAAGCCAGUCAGAAGAGAUAUCCAAGAGAGAUAACUCAAGCUUUUCUACAAAGUUGAUCCAGAUUAUGCAGGAAGAAUUGCAAAAGGUCUUGGUCUCCCACUCGAAGCUGCAAAGCUUUGA